AUGGCUGUAUCGACCAAUUGCUCCGCGACCGAACAGGUUGAAAUCACCACGAAGUAUAGCCAUCAGGUAGAAAUAACAAAGCAAGAUGACACCGAAGCUAUCGAAGACGGUGAGUCGGUGGCCUCGUCGGGCGUUUUGAACGUUGUCGUCUCGGGACUGGGGCUGUUCAGUGAUGGCUAUAAUGCUCAGAUCACCUGCCUAAGAAGUAUCACUAAUCUCAGUAUCCGUGAUGAAGUUGGCUACAUGGAGCCCCUAUUUUCUGUCUUGUACAAGAAUACCAUGUCCUCAAGCAUCAAAACCAGAUUAUCAAACUCCUUUCUCAUCGGUGAGAUUUUUGGCAUGCUGUUCUUCGGUGCUCUGAUCGAUCGAGUCGGAAGAAGAACAGGAGUGGUGGCUACUACAUCGUUCUUGGUGCUUGGUAUCAUAUUGUCUGCUGCAGCACAUGGCACUUCAGAGUUGGGGAUGUUUUGGAUGAUGAUUGUAGCUCGCGGCAUCGCUGGCUUCGGCGCUGGCGGCGAAUAUCCCGUCUGCGCAACCGGUGCAACUGAAGCGGCUGAUGAAACCGCCAAUCUCCGAAAGAAGAGAGGAUUUCUGGUCGCGUCAACCACGGAUUUUGCGGUGGACAUGGGCUUUGUGGCUGCCGGUAUCGUGGCCCUCAUUGUUCUUGCUUGUUUCCACCAGGACAUCAAGAGUGGUGUUUGGAGAGUUUGCUUUGGACUUGGCUUUGUGAUUCCGGUUUUCAUGUGUUUCUUUCGGAUACGUAUGAUCAACUCGAAGCAAUAUCGUAAGUACGCCAUCAAGUCGCGAUAUCCAUACUGGCUUGUCCUUUGUAGAUAUUGGAAACCGAUCCUGGGAACCUCUCUCGCUUGGUUCUGCUACGACUUUGUCACGUAUCCGUUCGGACUCUUCACUUCGACCAUCAUCGCCCAACUAAGCCCGAACAAUACGACAGUGGAGAAUAUUGGUUACGGUACUGUCAUAAACUGCUUCUAUCUUCCUGGCUGCCUGCUGGGAGGGCUCCUGAUGGAUAAGAUUGGAAGAAAGCAGAACAUGACCCUCGGCUUUGUGCUCUGGGGUGUAUGGGGCUUCAUCCUGGGCGGUGCUCUUCGUCCGAUACAGUCGGUAUUCCCGUUGUUCGUCGUCAUGUACGGCAUUUUCAACGCCCUGGGAGAGAUGGGCCCCGGAGUGUCGACCUUCCUGUGUGCUGCAGAGUCAUUUCCCACCCCUCUUCGUGGCCACUUUCUCGGUCUGGCCGCCGCAGUUGGAAAGGCGGGUGCAUCAAUCGGGACCGAGGUAUUUACGCCCAUCCAGAAUUCGUUCUCGUCUACCGAAAAAGGUCAACAAGCUGUCUUUCUGAUCGGGUCGGCUUUCUGUAUGGUUGGUGCGUUGAUAGCGUGGUUCUUGAUUCCGGAUAUGUCGCGGGAGUUGGAAACAGAGGACGCCAGAUUCAAGGCAUAUUUGGAAGAAAUUGGGUACGAUAUCAGUUCAUAUGGGGAAGCACUUUGUGUCGAGCGGAAGGAUAGCUAG